UAACGGAUUUCUCGAUAAAUCGUCUACCUGUAACUCACUCUUGAGUUCGAUCACUGGAUUGUUAAAUUAAAGUCCCAAUUUAAUGGCUAUACACUAAUCUCUACUUAUAUUUCCAACAACUUAACACUUCUUGCUCGAUAUUCGAGUUUACAACUUAUUGCUUAUGGCUUAACUGCUUUUUACACGGCAACACUCUAAUUAGAACUGUCUACUGCACAGUCCGGCACCCUUAUAUAGUAAAUUUUUAACAAAAGUUCGCUACUAGAACAUUCUAACAACUACGAAUUCGCUGUCUAGUUGCUUCUGACAGUUUAUCGUCGAUUCUGAUAUGUUCUGGUAUUCGUAUAUACGUUCUCCGCCUAAACGAUGUAUAAUAGAAUCCCUGCAACCCUGAUGUAAUGUCAUCUAAAAACUUUGUUGUCGACAUACAUAUCGAUGAAAUUAUUUGCACGCGUGUAAAAUCCUUUCACAAAAACGAAUAUAUUAAUGUCGUUGCAGGUAAUUAGAGCAUUCCCACUGCUACGCUCCACUUCAGUGAAAUUGUGGAAAUCUCAUCAAAAUAAUUUGGAAUCGAAAACAAAAUAUUGUAUUAGCGGUAGCUUAUUGAACUUUGCCAACAAAGCUCAAUUUAGUAUCCAAAACCAUAUUGGAGAUUUCAUUAAUAACAAUAGUGUAAAACCUGACAUAUUAGCACCUGAAAACUCUAAUUGGGGUACGAAGAAAACCAAACGAAAAGUAAGGUUACGCCUUACCGAUAUGAGUAAUUCAGAAAUCGAAGCAAAGUUAGCGCCAUUGCGUGCUGCAGUGCUGGAGCAAGGAAAUUUGGUGCGUGAACUAAAAGUGAAAGGUGCGCCUGAGAUAGAUGUGAAACGUGCUGUGGCUGAAUUAAAAGCCCGUAAAAAGAUAUUAGAGGACCGUGAGUUAGAACUUACUCCAAGCGUCGUAACAUUCGAUCGAUCGAAAAUGGAGGACUUGCUUAAACGUCGUUUCUUUUAUGACCAAAGUUUUGCAAUUUACGGUGGUAUAACGGGCCAAUAUGACUUUGGUCCUAUGGGUUGUGCGUUAAAGUCAAACAUUCUUUCUCUGUGGCGUCAAUUUUUCGUCUUGGAAGAGCAAAUGCUUGAAGUGGAUUGCUCAAUAUUAACACCAGAACCAGUUCUGAAAGCUUCCGGACAUGUAGAUCGUUUUGCAGAUUUAAUGGUGAAAGAUGUUAAAACUGGUGAGUGUUUCCGGCUUGAUCAUUUGAUAAAGAAUGCUUUGGAAAAAUUGUCAAAGGAGAAAACUUCAACAUCAGAAGUAAAAGCCGAUUGUGAAGACAUUGUUGUUAAGCUUGAUGGCAUGAAUAAGCAAGAGAUGUCUGAUGUACUUGCAAAGUACAGCAUAAAGUCCCCAUUAACUGGUAAUGAUUUGACUGAACCGAUUGAAUUUAAUUUAAUGUUUGCUACUCAAAUUGGCCCUACUGGUAUAGUAAAAGGCUUCUUACGACCAGAAACAGCACAAGGUAUUUUUGUUAAUUUCAAGCGAUUACUUGAGUUUAACCAAGGGAAGUUGCCUUUCGCUGUUGCUCAAAUUGGUAAUUCAUUCCGAAAUGAAAUCUCGCCCCGCUCUGGACUAAUUCGUGUUCGUGAAUUUACAAUGGCGGAAAUAGAAUAUUUUUGUGAUCCAACUCUUAAAAAUCAUCCCAAAUUUGAAAGUAUAGCCGAUACUCUUUUAACACUUUAUUCGGCAUGCAAUCAAAUGGAUGGCAAAUCAUCUCAAAAAAUAUCAAUUGGGGAAGCUGUAGCAAACAAUUUGGUGGCAAAUGAAACACUGGGUUACUAUAUGACAAGAAUUCACCAAUUUCUUAUGACAAUAGGUAUAAAACAAGAAUGUCUUCGUUUUCGCCAGCAUAUGAACAAUGAAAUGGCCCAUUACGCUUGUGACUGUUGGGACGCAGAAUGUCUUACAAGCUAUGGCUGGGUAGAAUGCGUUGGCUGUGCUGAUAGAUCCGCUUACGACUUAGGUCAGCACACUCAAGCAACUGGGGUUAGGCUGGUGGCUGAAAAGCGUUUACAUGAACCCAAAACCAUUGAAGUGUCUGAAAUCGUACCGAACAAACAAACAUUGGGCAAAACUUUUAAAAAAGAUGCUAAAUCAAUUACAGAUGCUUUAUCUAAGCUUUCCACGAGGGAUGUGAAAGAAGUUGAACAGAAUUUAGAAGAAAAACAAGAAUACGUUCUUUCUCUACAUAAUGGUAGUGAAUUCAAAUUGACUCGUGAUACUAUAUUCGUCAAACACAGCACUAAAACAGUUCACGUUGAGGAAAUUACACCAAGUGUCAUUGAGCCAUCUUUCGGAGUAGGCCGUAUUAUGUACGCAUUGCUUGAGCAGAAUUUCCAAUGUCGUGAAGGUGAUGAACAGCGUUGUUUUUUCACACUACCAUCCGUGGUUGCGCCAUUGAAAUGCUCAAUACUGCCAUUGUCAAAUAACGCUGAUUUUAAUCCCUUUAUACGUCAGUUAUCCCUUGCAUUAACCAAGGCAGAGCUUUCACAUAAAGUGGAUGACUCAAGCGGAUCUAUUGGUCGACGUUAUGCACGAACUGAUGAAAUUGCCAUACCUUUUGGCAUUACCAUUGACUUUGAUACACUAAAGAAACCACAUACUGUAACUUUAAGAGAUCGCGAUUCUCUUAAACAGGUCCGUAUUGGCAUCAAUGAAGUUAUAGAAGUUGUUAAGAAUUUAUCUACUGGAAAAGUGCAUUGGCCUCAAGUUAUUGAAAAAUACCCCGUAUUUGAACAGCAAGAGGCUACAAAGUGAAUAAAACCAUGCAUUUCAAUUAUAAUGAUAUAAAAAUUUGUAAAGUUGUCGAUUUUUGUAAUUCUAGAAUCUUACGUUAUACAUAUUAGGCUGAAAGCGAAAAUAUAAAUACAAAAGCGUCGUGUUUUCUGUUCUGUUUUCUGUGCUGAAUUAAAUUUAUUAUAUUAUAAUUUUUCUUAAUUAUUUUAUAUAUAAUAUUGACCUCACUCCAUGUUAAUUAACCAACUUUACUUUUAAUUUACAUAACCAGUUGUAUCCUUCACUUGAUCAGAUCACUUUUGGAUCAGAGGCAUAGAAUAGUUUGGUAAAGACGCAACGACAUAAUUUAUUAUUAUAAUAAUGAUUUUUAUAAUUAAGAAGCCAUUUUAAAAACAAUACAGGAAAUUUGAUGUUUCUGACAGUAUCUUAACUUUCUUUCUGAUUUUAGGAAGAUUUAAAAAUUCUUAGUAACAAAAUUUUAAUUAUAAUAAAACUAUAUGAUGAAACUAACUCUUGCCGCAAUUAAAUGUCUAUAAUACAUACACUUCGUUCCUUUUUUUAUUUUGAAAGGAAAUCACCAAAUCUCCCAGGAAGUAGGGAUCGUCAUUUCUUUAAAGUAAUUGAAAUAUCCCCUGCUAGCCACCUAUCGGUUAAGUCAUCAUACAAAUCAUUAAUCUCCCUUUAAUUACCCAACAGCGCUACCAGCGGUUUCUUAGGAUCUAAUUGAAUAAAAAAAACUUAAUUUCGAAUAUAAAUCUUCACUGCUGGCAACACUGAAAACUUCUCCAAAUUUCACAGCUGUUUAGUGCUCCAGAUUUGAUUACUUGGAGAAGAGUAGGGGAAACCAUUUAGCAACGCUGCCACUGUAUAUGAUUGUGGCGAUAAUGAAAAAACCUGUUCAUUUAUUGGACAAACAAAAUUUCCUAAAGUAUUGCAUUCGAAUUGGAUCAUUUCACAAAGUGGUUCCCCAAUGACCCCAAAAAAAAAACAGCCAAAUGGACCAAAACGAUACCGUGUUUGACAGUUCUUUCAGUUUUUCCCGGCUAAUAAUUUUUAAGAUCUAGUGUCUCUUUUUAGUGUCCUAAAUAUUUUUCGUAAUUAAAUAUUAUUAUGUUAACUUAUUUAAUAAACAUAGCAUUUUAUUUCACACAUCAUGUUCAUUAACAGAGCAUAUAAUAUAUGAAGAUAUGUAAAAAAUCUGGCAUUACUUUCAUAUGGAUCCCAUGCGAAUUGGCAUUUGGCGUGCGUUUGUAAAAUAAAAUCAAUCUUGCAGUAAAAAAGUUAACAAAAGUCCGUUCUUAUUUGUAUUGCGUGCAAGAGUUUCCGUUCAAACAUGUGGUAUAUUUCUAUGAAAAGUUUUUGAAAGACGCAAUUAAUUGUUUGUUGUUUUGACUUGAUUAUAGUGCGGUUAAUGUUACAAAAACUAGAAAUAAAGCGGUUAAUCAUUAAUUGACUAACAUAAAAAAGUCACUGCAAAUUUUAUAACCGCCUGCUUGGUUAGCCAGAAACCAGACUAUCACAAGUCUACACUUGUCAAGUGUAUUCAUAGACAGAUUUUCUAAAAAAAACUUGCAGUGCGCAUUCCUAACUUUUACGUUGAAAGUGAAGACUCCUUACUUUGUAAAGAUGAAAUAUAUUUUAGUAACUGGUGGUGUUAUCAGUGGUGUCGGUAAAGGUGUUAUCGCAUCAUCUUUCGGAACCUUGUUAAAAUCAUGUGGUCUUAAUGUAACGUCAAUUAAAAUAGAUCCAUACAUCAAUAUAGAUGCAGGAACAUUUUCACCUUAUGAGCAUGGUGAAGUAUAUGUCCUGGAUGAUGGCGGUGAGGUUGACUUGGAUUUGGGCAAUUAUGAGCGGUUUUUGGAUAUAACUUUGCAUCGCGACAACAACAUAACAACUGGUAAGAUUUAUCAGAAAGUUAUUGAGAAAGAACGCACUGGUGAAUAUUUGGGCAAAACUGUACAAGUUGUUCCGCAUAUUACGGACGCCAUCCAAGAGUGGGUAGAACGCGUGUCGCAACGUCCAGUGCAAGGCAAUUCACAGCCACAAGUGUGUAUCAUCGAAUUGGGUGGCACAAUCGGUGACAUUGAGGGUAUGCCCUUCGUGGAAGCUUUUCGUCAAUUUCAAUUUCGUGUAAAACGUGAAAAUUUCUGUGUAGCGCACGUUUCACUUGUACCCUCACCACGUUCCACUGGUGAACCGAAAACAAAACCAACACAAAGUUCUGUACGUGAGUUGCGUGGUUUUGGUUUGAGCCCUGAUUUAAUAGUUUGUCGGUCGGAGAAACCAAUUGGUCUCGAAGUGAAGGAAAAAAUUAGCAACUUUUGUCAUGUUGCACCAGAUCAGGUUAUAUGCAUUCACGAUCUUAGCUCAAUAUACCAUGUACCGUUACUAAUGGAACAAAACGGAGUCAUAGAGUUUCUCAACGACCGUCUGCAGCUGAAAAUUGAGUCAUCAAAACGCGAGAAAUGCUUGCAGCAAUGGAAAGACCUAGCACGCCGGUCUGAGACUCUCCGCGAAGAAGUAAAUAUUGCCAUUGUGGGUAAAUAUACACGUUUAGAAGAUUCGUACGCAUCUGUGGUGAAGGCACUGCAACACGCCUCACUUGCUGCUGGUUUUAAAUUAAACUUAAAAUUUAUUGAAGCUUGCCACCUGGAGACCGGCACGCGUGACAAAGACCCUACUAAAUAUCAUGAGGCUUGGAUGCAGCUUUGCGAUAGCGAUGGCGUUGUUGUGCCAGGUGGAUUUGGUUCACGUGGAAUGGAAGGCAAAAUAGUUGCAUGCAAUUGGUGUCGCGAAAAACAGAAGCCCAUGCUGGGCAUUUGUUUAGGUCUACAAGCGGCUGUCAUUGAGUUUGCACGAAAUGUGCUGGGUUUAAAGGAUGCAAACACUACGGAAAUCGAUCCCAAGGUCGGCAAUCCGCUCGUUAUUGAUAUGCCCGAGCAUCACACUGGUCAAAUGGGCGGCACGAUGCGUUUAGGAAAACGUAGAACUACUUUUUCGAAUGAAAAAAGCAUUAUAAAAAUGCUCUAUGGCAAUCCAAAAACAAUUGAUGAGCGCCAUCGACAUCGUUACGAAGUAAAUCCCAAAUAUGUUCCUACGUUAGAGGAGCAUGGUAUGCGUUUUGUAGGAUACGAUGAUGAGAAACGUCGCAUGGAGGUGAUUGAGUUGCGUGAUCAUCCUUUUUUCGUUGCCACACAAUAUCAUCCAGAGUACUUGUCACGGCCGCUUAAGCCAUCCCCACCAUUUUUGGGGCUAAUAUUAGCUUCGAAGAAGCGGCUGGGAAACUAUUUGGCACGUGGUUGCCGUUUGUCGCCACGUCAGCUCUCCGAGGCAUCAUCUGAUGAAGAACUCUCUGCCGAGGAGUGCGAAAAACUCGUUAAUGCUGUGAAGCCAUUGCAAUUGAAUGAAUAUUUAUCGCCAGCAACUCCCGCACGUUUACCAAAUGGACGCGCUAAGGAUGCCAAACCGAAUGGUAAAGGAAUAGCAUCAGAGGAAAAGCAGUUGAAUGGAGGCAUUAAAGCUAAUACGCCUAAUGGAGCUACUAAUGGUUAUAACAGUAAUGGCAACGGGCGUUAAACAUGUAUAGAAUCGGUUUUCCAUAAAGUAUAAGGAAUGCUUAGAUAGAGAUAUUUCAAUUGGUCAAAUAUUUCAAUAAUGUUAACUUUUACUAGUUUAUCUUCAGUUGCACAUUUCUAAAAGUACUCACAUUUUUUUUUUUUGUAUUAGCAGUGUUCAAUUAAAUAUUUAGCUUCGCAAAAACAUUUGCGCGUGUACAUUUAUUUUGUGGUACUGGUGGGUGUACACGGUGGCGGACCAAUUUUUUUUUGACCUACCUACCCACACACUCGCUCGCUCGCUUCGAUCCUUUUGUAGAGGCUGAGCUAGACGUCAACUGGUGUAUCAUUUAUUCGCCGCCACUUGAAUCACUCACACCAGCAAGCAAAAUAAAACAGCAGAAUACUUAUACAUAUGUAGAUAUGUAUGUACAUUUCUUUUUGAAUACUGCUAAUAAAUUAUGAAUACUGAGAGUUAGGCGUGUAAAAAUUCCAAAACAAUGUUAUCGCUAAGUAAACUAUGUAUAAUUAUUUUUAAGAUUUCAAAUUGAAAUGUCAUACAAAAGUGAAUGCAAUUUGGCAAAGUCCUUACGGUCUAACUUUGGGUGGGAAUUCCAGGUAGACUAUUUCUUGAUGGUCUUUAUUAAGAAAAAAGUGAAAUUCUAAACGUUGCAUAAACUCAGUACUUGAGUUUUUAUACUUAAAUACAAAAAUUGUUGCAUUCUAGGCACCGUUAUUUGUGAAUUAAGGUAAAUAAUGCCAAUAACUCAGGAAAAUAUGUUUAAUAUUUUUAACUGAAGUAUUAUAUUUGACAUUCGAAAGUUUUAGUUGAGUUCAGCAACUAAAAUACGUGUUUUUUCGUUUUUAAUACAAUUUAAUCGACAUUGCUUUCAACCUAUAAAUCUAGUUAGACUGUAAGGUCGUAACCAAUGAAAUAACUAUUUUUGACUCAUAAAUUUUUAAAGUUCAAGAUCUAAUUAAAUUAUAUAUGCUUUCACAAUGUUCUGUAAAGCUUGAAAUAGAGCAAAUACUGCGAAAACGUGUUCUGGUUAGAUUAUAAGAAUUAUAUAUGUUAAAAGUGUGCCAGAUUUUACAUAAAACUAUUUUUUUUUUUAUUAAAAAGACUGUAGAAUAUCUGUGCCUAAAUGAGGCAAAUAACUAGAAACUGAAUUGAAUUUACUAAAAUGUUGGCUAAUUUAUUAAAAUCUCGUUAUUUUUUCUAAGAUUUUCACGUUGAAUUAUAAUUUGAAAUUAUAAUUAAACAUAUGACACUAAGUUGUUAAUAAUAUAAGUUAAAAUAGUCGUAAGAGUAAGUACAGCUGCAAAAUAAAUUAGUUUUUACUUUGAUUGAACUAUUCGCGCAUUCGGAGAAAUAAUAAGCGCCCAAUUUGAAAACUAA